AAUGAGUUAAUUAAAAAUUAAGUAAAUAUAAACUAAUUAAUAUACCAACAAAAUCUUUUCUUUUUAUUUAUUAAAAUGUCAGAAACAACUUUUCUGAAAAACAAAAAAGGAGAAGACAUGAUUGUCAAUAAUAAAAAAUUAUUAAAAUAAAUUGAAUAUAAUUUUUAGUUGAUUAAAGAAAUAGCUCUUCCAAAUAUAUUCUAAAUAGCUGGAGAUAUAACUAUAAACAUAGAUUCCUUUUUGAAUUAAGAUUAUCUAUUUACAAAUUUUUCUGUGAAUGAAUUUAUUACUGCUAAAUAUGUCAAAAUGUAUCGAGAAUAAUAAGUAAUCGAUAUAUAAAUGGAUACAGAUAUACAGGUAAGAAAUGAUAUGUCACUUCCUCUAGAAUUGCUAAAGCGUAGCUAACGAUAAGACCUAUUUUAUCUUGCAAAUGUUAUAGAAGAAUUUUAAAAAACAUUAAAUGAAAAGAAAAAAUUAAAUUUAGAUUUAUAAUCUGAAGAACCUAUAUAAUAAACUACAUGCUAACUAGAACCUUUAAGUGAGUAGAUCUGUGAUGAAUUUAAUGGAUGGGACUUCGAAAAAAGUGUUGAAAAAGCUGAAAAAGUUAUUAAUAAUAUAAAAGAAUAAAUGAAAAAUUCAGACAUCCAUUAUAGCUAUGUAUUAUCUAAAGGGAAUAAAUUUGAUUAAAGUAUUUAUAGAGUAGGAAACUCAAUGUAGAUUUUAAAAGAUUUUAUGUGUUUAAAUAAUGAUCAAAUAGCUUACAUAGCCAAUAGAAAGCCAACUUUAUUUUACUUCAAACACUAGCAUUAGCUUAUUUCUUAUUUAAUUAAUAGAAUUAAAACCUAAAUCAUGUUUUUAAAAAAUGACAAAAAAUAUUUAGAUUAAUAUAGAAAUGAACCUAAAUUGCUCUCUGAAAAUACAAUUAAUAUUUCAAGUGUUGAUAAUUUAGUUGUUGAAGUUUAAAUAUAAACAUAUUUAUACAUUUUAAGUAACUAUCAAAAUUAAGUUGAUGACAUUCUAUGGUUAACCAUAUAAAAGCCUAUUCGAGAUUAAUCGCCUUCGGAAGUUUUAAAGGGAUUGAGGAAUUUAAAAAAAUAUCUAAAUGAAUAGCAACAAAAUACUAAACUCAAUCCUUUUUACAAUGGGUAGCUUUAUACAGAUGUACUAUAUGAUGCCUAAUCAGAGAUAUUUAGAGAUAAAUUUUAUUCCAUAAUUGAUAAUAAUUUGUAUCAUUAAGUUUUAGAUAACUUUUGA